GCGCAAGGGGAGAGCAGCACGAGUGAUGAUAAGCAAAAGAAAAUGAUACAUAGAGACAUUGAAAGGCAAAGGAGGCAAGAAAUGGCCAGCCUUUAUGCUUCUCUUCGCAGUCAACUCCCUUUAGAAUACAUAAAGGGAAAACGUUCGGCAUCUGAUCAUGUUUUGGAGGCAGCGAAGUACAUUGAGCACAAGCACAAGAGCAUCCGUGAGCAGGAAGAAAAGAGGGACAGAUUAAAGAGACUAAAAAGUGUUGUUUUUAAAGGAGAAGAUGAAUCCAUAGCCGUUUUACCAGCAAUGGUUACAGUCCAGCCAUGCUUAGCUAAUUACGGGGUUGAGAUAUUAAUCAACUCUGGGUCUCCCAAGCAAGGGUUUCGGGUUUCGAGGGCGCUUUCCCUACUGGCCAAACAAGGCCUUAAUGUCACUAGCUGUGUUUGCUCAAGAGUUGAGGACAGAAUGCUCCACACCAUUAGAGCUGAGGUUAGUACACAGACAAGAGUUGAUCUUCAAGAGCUCCAACAGAAUCUGAUCUAUGCUCUUAAUAACAAACAUCAUAACCCCACUAAUAAUUCGAACUGAUGAGUAUAUAUAUCUUGAUCCACU